UUUGACGUGGCUGUUAUAGCUGUCAAAAUGCGAUAUUGACGUUUACACUACAAGAAAAAGAAGAGCCUUUUUCAUUUUAUAAAAGAGAAUUUAAACUGUGAUGACUAGAUUUAUUUAUUAAAAAAACUCUAUUUCAAUUUAAUUUCACGAUGGAUUUGCCUGUGAAUGAGGAAAACUGCCAGGAAAUAUUGGAAAGACUCCAGGAGGCAGAGGUGACUAUUAACAAGCAAUUGAAUCACAUUCUCUCUCGUCACUAUCAUGUCGAGGCGAAAUUACAAAACAUAAGCAAAGUUUUACCAAAUGUAGUCGUAAUUCGAGCAGAAAGUGAAAAAUUUCGCGAUAUGAUUAAUCACACAAAUGACUUGGCUGAAAAAGUCAGUGCUAAAGUACGACACUUGGAUUUGGCUCGGAGCCGAGUUUGCGAGUGUCAGAGUCGAGUGAACGAUAUACUUGACUUGCAACUUUGCAGUCAGGGAGUGGCGACAGCCUUGAAAAAUGAAGAUUACGAACAAGGAGCGGCCCAUGUACACAGAUAUUUAUCAAUGGACCAAAAAUUAUUGGAGAGAACGGCGGAAGAUGUUUCGGGAGAUCGUACAAGUAUAACAAGUUCAUUGGCAACAUUACAGCAAGCCGCUCUCGAAUUAAGAACAGUUGUCACCCAUAAAUUCGACGAAGCCGUCAAAUCCGAGGAUUUAGCAUCUGUCGAGAGAUUUUUCAAAAUUUUCCCCCUUCUUGGAAUGCAUUCCGAGGGACUUAAAAAAUUUUGCCUUUAUCUUUGCUCAAAGUUGCAGGAGACUUGCCAAAAAAAUUUAAAAUCGGCUCUGGAUGUAAAAAGUACGGAUAAAAGAGCUCCGGUAAUAUUUGCCGACACGAUAACUUUAUUGUUUGAGGGAAUUGCCAGAAUUGUGGAAGUGCAUCAGCCAAUAAUUGAAACUUACUAUGGACCUGGUCGACUUUUUACUUCAAUUACAAUUUUGCAAAAGGAGUGCGACAGGCAAAUUAAGAAGAUUAUUGCCGAAUUCAUGAAGCAAAGGAGUAUUUCGAAAAAAGUCCAAACAAUAAACGAUUAUUUGAGAAAGCAGCAGGGAGGUGAAAAGGCCGAUCCUAAAGAACUGGAUUUACUAUUAGGAGAGAUAACAAUAAUGCACGCUCGUUCUGAACUCUAUAUUCGAUUUUUAAGAAGACGAAUAAGCAGCGAUUUGGAAAUUAGUACAACAGACACAACACAGCGAAAAGCAUCGAUUAAUGAUUUUGAGACAUUUGUCAAUAAUUCAGAAUUGGCGAGAAGUAUGCAAGAAUUAUUGGGAGCUUAUUUGGCAUUGGAGAGAUACUUUUUAGAGGAGAGUGUCAAUAAAGCAAUUGGAAUGGAUUGUCUCGAUCAGGAACAACAGACGUCAAGUAUGGUUGACGAUGUCUUUUUCAUAGUGAAAAAAUGUGUCAGACGAGCAAUCUCGAGUUGGAGUAUCGAUGGAGUGUGUGCGGUGGUAAACAUGGCUUGUGGAAAUUUAGAAGGAGAAUUUACAAGCCGAUUAAGAAAUCGCCUGCGACAAGGUUAUCCGGCAGGAUAUUUAGAUUUGGCUCAAGCAUAUAAUGCUCUUCAAACGAGCUUUCAACACGGCCGAUUACAAACUUCCGACACCGAACAAGGACGAUUAAUGUUCCUAGCGUAUUUAAACAAUACAGACGUGAGCAUUGAGUAUGUGGAGACUCUGGGCAAAAGUCUCAAUAUGGAAAUAAAUCAGGCAUUUUCCAAUAUGCAAGAUAAGGAAAGGGGAAAGGUCGAUAGUUGUUUGGCGGGCCUUAAGGGGGUAACGCACAGUUUAAGGGCCGUCAUUGAUUAUGGAUUAGAGCAAUUAAGAGCAAGUGCCGUGAAGCCCCGAGUGACACCCUGGGUCGACGCCUUUGUUUCCAUAAAUCAUCACGUUAAUGAAGAUGAAUUACUCAGAUAUGAAACCGAUGAGCCAUUCGUUCAAACGCUCAUUCAACAUCUCGAGGGAUUACUUCAAGGAUUUAAGGAUAUUCUAACAGCUUCGAAUUAUGACGCCUUGAUUGGAAUUCUCACUGCCGAAGUCACUGCACGAUUGGAAAAAGUUGUUCUCAAAUGCACUUUUAAUAGAGCUGGUGGAUUAAUUUUGGACAAGGAAAUAAGAUCCCUAGCGAGUUAUUUGGCAUCAGCAACUUCGUGGUCUGUUCGUGACAAAUUUGCCAGACUAAUGCAAAUAGCGACAAUUUUGAGUGUUGAAAAAGUUGAAGAAUUGGCCGAUUAUUGUGGAGCCGAUGCAAUUGCAUGGCGAUUAACACCUCAGGAAGUGAGAAAAAUCGCUGGUCUCAGGAUAGAUCUCAGAAGCGAGGAUAUUAAAAGACUUAAACUUUAAGAAAAAAAAAAUAUUUAUGAAAAAUAAUUGAUAACUAAAAAGUACGAAUAUUUUUUAUUAAUGUAAGGAGUUUUUAUUUCAAAUAAAAAAGAAUGUUAUGGAA